AUGCCAGCCCAGCAGAAGAAGAUUAUCUUUUGCAUAGCCGGGGUGCUGAGCUUCGCGUGUGCGCUGGGGGCCGCGGCAGCCAUCGGCACGCAGCUGUGGGUUAAGGGGACGACACUCUGCAAGACGGGAGCCCUGCUCGUCAACGCCACCGGCCAGGAGCUGGAGAAGUUUAUCGGCGAAAUCCAGUAUGGGCUUUUCUAUGGCGAGCGCGUGAGACAGUGUGGGCUCGGGGGGAGACCUGUCCAGUUUUCAUUCUUUCCAGAUUUGCUCAAAAUUAUCCCUGCCAGUAUCCAUGUUAGUGUCAUUCUCUUCUGUACAGUACUGAUCGUCUUUGCUCUGGUGGGAGCAGGUUUCUUCAUGUUCAAUGCUUUUGGCAGCCCUUACGAAACUCUGCACGGCCCCGUCGGGUUGUACCUCUGGAGCUUCAUCGCGUAUGACGAGCAUCUCCCCUCCAUUUCAGGUUCCUGUGGUUGCCUCAUCAUGAUUCUCUUCUCUUCAGAAGUGAAAAUCCACCACCUUUCAGAGAAAAUUGUGAAUUUCAAAGAGGGAAGUUUUACAUUCAAGACUCACAGUGAGCAGUUUGCAAAUUCAUUCUGGAUCAUCCUGGUUUGCUCCCUGGUGCACUUCCUGAACGCCUUGCUAAUACGAUUUGCUGGAUUUGAAUUUCCCUUUUCAAAAUCAAAAGAUUCAGGGACAAUCACUGGAGCGGUUGACCUGAUGUAUUAG